AUCCGGCUUUUCCGGAUGUCUCGACCCUUCAAGAAAUUACUGAGGAUAUCCUAGUUAACUUUCAAAAAUGUAAAGAACUACAAGUUAAACCUAAAAUCUCAAAAAAUGAAUUAGAUCAACUUGACAAACAAAGCAAUACAUUCAAUAAAUUAACUGAACGAAGAGCUACGGAAUCUUUAAAAAUGUCUGAAUAUUUGACUGAUGUCGUGAAAUAUCUACAAUUAGUCUCUAAGGAAAAUGUGAAUGUUAAUGCAAUUAAACAAACUUUAGGUUCAUUAUUGAAAACCGCUAAAGUUCAAAAGGACAGAUCUGAGAAAUUAAAGAACGAUUAUAUUUCUUUUCAUAAAGAAUUAAAUAAAGCUAAAAAGAGACAACUGAAUACGAAUUUAAUAUUUUAUUUACUAGGGUUAUUGGUUCUCUUCAUAGCUAUAGCCUGGAAUAUUUAUUUGUAUACAAAUUUAGGGUAUUAUAGUGCUUUACAACAAUCAGAUUUUGCAGAAAAAACAAAUAAUUUUUCAUUAAACGAUGCGUGUAAUUUUUGCAAAGAUAUUGACCAAGUUAAAGACAUAUGUCGUUAUUCAGAUCAUAGGGAAGGUUUACCUUAUAAUUUCUCUGUGAAUGAUGGUUAUGAAAUCUGUGGUCAUUUCUUUAAGGAGACUUGUGUUAUGAAUGAUGAUAGUUUAGGAUCCCAAAUUGUUUCUCUUGUAAAAUCCCAAUUUUUUUCUAUUUCUAAUAUCGUUAAUUAUAGAAAUUCUGAAGAUAAUUAUUGUAAAGUAAAAAAUCAAGACAUUCUGCAGAAUAAUGAAACAUUUUAUGAAAUCUGUGAAUACUUAUUAGAAAAUCGAAAAGAUGAAGAGUUGAAUGAUUUUAUGAGCGAAAUUGAAGAUGAAAAUGAUUCACCAAAAUCCAUACAUAUUUGUAAACAAUGGCAAACUAGUAAAAAUCCGAUUCAUGUAAAAGACAUGCACGAUUAUUCUUUAGUGAUUUAUUCAUUAAUCGGUUGCCUAGCUAUACUUUUGGUCAUUUUCAUGAUGAAAGAAUUGGUCAAUUGGAUAUUUCAACAAGAUGACGACGAGAAGGUCACCGCAUUAGAUAAAAGAUCGGGUUUUAUACGACAUAUUAGAGAUAGAUUUCCAGAAAUUAAUGACAAUAUAAUUACUUUAGAUCAAUUUUGGAAAGCACAGAUUACUAUUAUCAAUGACCAUAUUUCGGUUUUAGAAUCUAUAAAUACGAAUAAGAUCAAUUUAUCACAUCAACUUGUAGAUUUGAUUAUAAGGCUUUGGGAUGAAGAAUGUAAACGUUGUAAAAGUUGUUAUUAUAAAUUAAAUGAAAGCAUCGCUUUAAAUUCCAUACUCGAG